UGGCAGUCGUUUGUUGUCAAGGCGAGUCAGCUGGAGCGGAAAGACUCGGGGCCGGUCGGCAUGGCAACCGCCAGCAACAAUACGUGCACGUGAUUUUCAGCGCGUGCGCUGCUUGAUUCAAUUGAAGAACGAGGACGUUCAAAUGUCCAUUCAUUUCCAUUGACUCAUUCACUGUGAUGGUGUUGUGGGUCAUUGAUUUCUAACUGAAGAGUUGCGAGAAGAUCCUGAUUCGUGGCAGCUGUCCGGUACAGUGGAUUUCUGAGCUCGAGGCCAACUUUUUUAGAUGAGUGACGACUGACGUCUAUCAGGACGACUGACAUCGAUGCAAUGCGGUGGUGGUUGGCGUUUAUCGUUCUCCAUGCGGCUCUGGUGCUGACGAGGGCAGAUGCGGCACCGCGAGAGCAGAAGUUGGUUGAGAAGGGCGACCGGGUGAAGCUGGCCUGUCCUCGAGGAAAGGGAGCGCGAGCUCGCGAUAACCUGUGGAAAGCCGACUUUCGCUGGUACCACAAUGACCGGCGCAUCGCUCUGAAACCCACCCGCACUGAUGAGAUCAUCAUGCUCGUCAGUGACCCGGAUAUCUCUGUGAAGGGCAACAAGCUGAUCAUUCGCAAAGCUCAGUUUCACGAUGCCGGCAACUACAGCUGUUUCGUGCUGGUGCCGAAACCGCCGCGCUGGUACAACUAUACAGUGCUCGUCACUCAGCCGCCCCAAGACCACCGGGACGACGACUAUGACUACAUGUACGACGACGACGACUACAUGUACGAUGACUAUGGCUAUUUGGACGACUACUACCCCGAUGAGUUGGACUAUGAAGAGGGAGACUACGGCGGCCAGACCUACGGUGACUAUCCGGACUUUGAGUGCGACGCUGACCACACGAACGGGACUUCGGAUGUCACGACGCCAUGGAACGAAGUGAUGACGUCAGAGAGCGGAGUGAUGACAUCAGAGAGUGAAGUGGUGACGUCAGAGAACGAAGUGGUGACGUCAGAGAACGAAGUGGUGACGUCAGAGAGUGACGUAGUGACACCGGUGAGCGCCAACACGCCGGAGGGCACCACUGAGGCUGCUGGCCCAGAGGCGGGCUCUGUGACGGUCGACGGCCACGUCACGGCUCAGAAGGUCCAGCGACCCCGAGCGCCCUACUUUGAGGACCCAGCCUCGCUGAAGAGGGAGGUUUCGGCGCCACUGGGGACGACAGUGACAAUCCAAUGUCCAGUGAAAGGGUUCCCCCAGCCGCGCGUCCAGUGGCUGUUCAACUCGAGGCCGGUCUCUGAUCUGUCCACUUUCGACACUCGCUCGGUGCGGGUGGGACGCACCUGCAUCCGUAUCAGACGGGUCACCACCUUCUUCGCGGGCAACUUCAGCUGCGAGGCGGAGAACGGGCUCGGCACCGCCCACCAUACGACCAAGCUGACCGUCUCCGCCGAGGUGGACGAGGUGUUCCCGGCGGUGACCCCCGGCUGGCCGCGUGACGUCUCCGCCCUGGCCGGGGGACCGGUGACACUGCGCUGUCCCGGCCUCUGGGGCUGGGACAUGGACCUGUUCUGGGUGUUCCACCAGAAGAACUUCAACAUUAAGGAUAUGGUCGACCUCAGCAGGAUACAUAACAACGCUGUCAGACAGUAUGAUAGCCGCUACGACAUCAGCGUACGAGACCAGCUGACAAUCCGGAACGCGUCGGCCCACGACACUGGCCUCUACACGUGUAUAAAACUCAACAACCUGGGGUUCAACUACAGCCGCGCCCGCGUCGAGAUCCUGCCGGAGAUUCCCGAGACGCACAUAUCGGUGCAGCCUCUGAACGCCUCUGCGGGUCCGGGCGCGUCUGUGACACUGCGCUGUCCGAUGACUGCUACCGGAGGCUCCAGAGAGGACAGAGUGACCGUGUUCUGGCUGUACUCCGAGACCGAGCCGGCGCGGAUCACAUCCGUGCCUGAGCUGCAGAGGGCCAGAGAGAUGGCCCUGACUUCGGAUAGGCCCAACACGACUGACUCCACGCCGACCUCUACGGCGCGGCCCGGCCCGGCUGAAGAAGACCCUACCCUGCCACUGGUCGCGACUCCGACGACCCCCAUCACCGCCGCGACCGUGCCGACGGACGACUCACAGCUGGUGCUGACUGACCUCCAGGUCACCGAUACGGGGUUCUACACGUGUGUGGCCGUCAGCGAGCGGCGCGUGCUGAAGGCCUGGACUCAUCUGGAGGUACUGGAGGAAGAGCCUCCACGGUACAGCCAGGUAAAUUGGCUGAUUGUCAGCGUCACCGGCCUGCUACUGGGGCUGCUGACCUGCGCCGUAUGCACCACCUGCUUGGUGCGACAGCUACGGCGGUUGAAGACGCUGCCUCGACAACGCGUGGUGGUCGAAGACAGUCCCGACUCACUGCAGCCACGGGUGCGGAUUGAGCGCCAAAGCCCGGGCUGUAAGCCGCUGGUCGCCCUCCUACCAGACGACCCCACCUGGGAGCUCGACCGGAAGCGACUGGAACUCGACACCCCGCUGGGCGAGGGAUGCUUCGGGCGGGUUCUCCGCGGCAGGCUCAGCCAGCCUGACGGCAGCUCUGACCUGGUCGCAGUGAAGAUGCUGAAAGACGGGUUUUCCGACUCGGACCUUGUCGACUUUGUGUGCGAGAUGGAACUCAUGAAGAAGAUCGGCAGGCACGUAAACAUCGUCAACCUCCUGGGCACGUGCACACGCGGUGACACGCCCCUAGUCGUGAUCGAGUACGCCCGCUACGGAAAUCUUCAGACGUACCUGCGUGAGCGUCGCGAGAUGCCCAACUAUGAGCGGCCGUUCGAUGUGGAGGUGCCGACCCUGUACGACCUCACCCAGUUCGGCUUUCAGGCGGCCCGUGGCAUGGAGUAUCUGGCUGCCAAAAAGUGCGUGCACCGUGACCUGGCCGCCCGUAACGUGCUCAUCGCUGAGAGCGGUAUAGCCAAGAUCGCCGACUUUGGUCUGGCGCGAGACGUACGCGACAAAGACUACUACCGAAAGGUGACAGACGGCCGGCUGCCGGUCAAGUGGAUGGCCCCUGAGGCGCUCCUGGAGCGGCUCUACACCUCGCAGUCGGACGUCUGGUCGUUCGGAGUGCUCCUGUGGGAGAUCCUCACGAUGGGAGCCAUCCCGUACGCCGGCGUUCAGAGCGUGCCAGACCUGAUCGCCUCGCUGAAGGCCGGCGAGCGACUGGCCCGGCCGACCGGGUGUCCCGAGGAGCUGUACGCCGUGAUGCUGCACUGCUGGGAGCUCGAGGCCCACAGCCGACCCAGCUUCUGUCAGCUGGUCGAGCGGAUCGGCACCAUGGUCGACGGCUUCGCACCAAAUGUGUAUAUGGUGAUGCAGGGGCAGGGGUCCCCGCAGCCGGACGAAGUCGCUGGUGCGGCCACACCACCACCGGCCUAUGUGAACUCACCAAGCGGGGGCGAGCCGGACACCAACGAUCCAAGUCCAGUGUAAGCGCCGCCACACGGCGCUCUACCAACCAUGUGAUGCGCGAACUCUUUGUGAUGAGUGUGUACUGUUCGUUGUGUUUCAGGCCUGGAGCAGAAACUGAGCCGCGUGCUGUGUCCCGAGAAAAAAAAAGAUUCGUAAAAGAUUUAGUUGUGGACUAUGGUGCAAGUUCCGCUACGCAAUUUGGCUGUGUUUGCGGAAGACUCAUGUGCUGAGAUUCGGAGCUCAGAUUAUACGUUGUAUCAAAGCCAUGACCAUGAGAAAGUUCGUUUGCGCUCGGAAGCUAUGCGCCGGGCUGAGUAGUAGACGAUGGUCUUCAUGAAAGACAGACUGGCUUUUUUAGUUGCGGAUGUAAGAACAUUUGCUAUGUUAAGUGUAAUGAGCUGACAUGAUUACGCAGUGGGAGCUCAUUAAUUACAUUCAGCUUCAGAAGUGGUGAUUUAAGCUGUUUAUAUUGCUCAUGUUUGUUGUCUGCUGUUCAGUGCGCUGAUAUGACGUACUGAAGGCUGUGCUCGUCGGCCUGUAGACUUGUUUGUGAUAAUCCAGUGUACAAACACGUCUCUUCUUCAAAACCAGCUCAGGUAUGGUAGGUACAUGACAUGUAGUUCCAUGUAGUUCAUGUAGUUUCAUGGACAAGAACCUUGCCUAGUUCUGAUAAGGCAACCGGGUAGGUCAAUGUGAUUUUGAUCUCUUGAAACCCUGAGCAGGAUGAGGAAGCGCCAAUAGUGAGAUACUUCUGAUCGAUGGUCGCUGAAUCGGGUUACUGCAUAACUCAAAAGAGUUCAAAAGUUUCAGUCAGUGAGUGUUCCUUUGGGUGUCAUUGAAAGCAAUGAGAGUUCCUAUGUUUUUGUGCCCUUGUGUUUUCGAUGGCAGUUUGUGCUUGUGUCAACCCCGAAACUGUUUGUCAAUAAAUAUCACUUUUGUA